AUUCCAUUUCUCCGAUCAUUAAAAGAAAAUCCCGAUGAUUCCUCCAUUCUUCCUUCUUUUCCUCCAAGCGAAAAUAUCGUCCUCAUUGCGGCAAUGUCAGCGGCCUCUCCGAAUGUGAAUUCCUCCUCCUUGAUGACAGCGAUUAUUCCAACGGGAAAAUCAAGAUUGCUAUAAAAGGGGAUCUCAAUGAAGGAUGAAACGUACGGAAAAAAAACAAGAUCAAAGUUUCGCAGUAAACUUUUGUGCCGACUUUUUCGGGGGUUUCUUACCGCUAGGCGUGGUCGCAUCAAAUCGUCUCUGCGAAGGCGGCGACUAUUGUUCUAGGGUAGUGAUCACACGAUUACCCCUUUCUAAGGCCUGCGUUUCUAACUUUCUGGAAUUUCUAUUUUGAUUAUUUUGCAGUGGUUUUAUUUCUAACAAUCUAGAACAAUAGUCAGAAUUAUAAAUUCUAUAUAUUUACUUCUGCUGCAAAAGUAUUUUUCUUCAAAGGAUCUGAUAAUUUGUUCGCAACCUCAAUAAUAUUGUGGUCUCUGUUCUCUGCUGCAUAUCUUCACGUGCUUUAUAAGUAUCAUAAUUACUUUUGGUGCAUGUUCCUAAUCUCUAAUUGUCAAAUUUAUUUGAUUGCUGAGUGAAAGAGCGAUAUCAUUUCUCUGUUAAGCGUUUAUUUCUUUCAACAAGGAAAAACACUUUGUUCAUGCUUGUUUUGCUCAUUAUGCUAGUAUCUUCUCUUUGAGCAUAUAUUUCAUUCAGCGUAUGUUUUCCUUGAUCAACAUUUGAGUGAUCAAGUUCUUGAUAGUUUUGGAUUUUAUUGCUGGUUAAUAUAGAACUUUAGAAAUAGAUUCAAAUAGCUUGCCGAAAUUAUUUCUUGCUUGUCAUUGACAUAUUUCAUAUUUAAUCACAUUAUUUGUAUCUGUUGCCUUUGAAAACUAUCCAGACAAUAAUAAUAAUAAUAAUUAAUUUGAGUUACCACCACAUUGAUUCUUCUCUGUUUCAUAUCAUUCAAUUGCUUUACUAAUCUAUAUUCAUUUGCAAAGUUUAUUUGUUAGAUUAAUACUUGCUACAGCUAACUUUUAUUUAGAUCUUUGCAUAACCACAAAGCAAUUUUAUAUCUGCACCUUUAAUAGUGUCAGUGUGCAUAUACUUCAUAUUUAUCCAUUCUUGUGAGUUUUAAAUUUUGUGAACCAUUGUUAUAAGUCUAUAUCUCACAAACAAGUUCUUUUCAGAUCAUUUGAAUUACCAAGACUAGCAAUUUUAUUUUCAGACUUUAUGGCUAGUUCCGAUCUAUCUAAGUCAGCUAAACCUGAGAAGUUCACCGGUUUGAACUACAAACGGUGGGCUAAUCAGAUGAAAUAUUGGCUUACAACUUUAGGACUUAUUUCUGCUAUUGACUCUGAUUUUUCUUUAUCAACACCUACACCCUCUUCAUCAUCACAAGUUGAACCUAUCCCCACACCUACCACAUCAUCCGGGAUUUCCAAAUCUCCUGAGGAAAUAAACUUUCAUUGUUACAACCGAAUCCUUAGUGCUCUUUCAGACAAAUUGUAUGACAUUUAUUAUGAGUAUAAGGAUGCAAAAGAAUUGUGGGUAGCACUAGAGUCUGAAUAUGGUUUAGAUGAUGCUGGUAUAGAACGUUUCUCCUCCUCCUCCUUUAAUAAGUUUGUUAUGGUAGAUAGUAAACCCAUCAAUGAUCAGCUUCAUGAAUUUCAAGACUACAUCCGAUACCUUCAGUCGAAAGGAAAUACUUUCUCUGAAGAAUAUAAGGUAUCUAGUCUUAUUGAUAAACUUCCUCCUUCUUGGUCUGAUUUUGCUAAAGAUCUCCGUCAUCUACAGGGUGACUUGACUCUUGUACAAGCCCUCAAAGGUAUUAGGAUAGAGGAUCAACAUAGGCAAAACUCCAAACCAAAAAAUGAAAUGAAAGCAAAAGUAAACCUAGUGGAAGAAAAGCCUAAGAACUUUAGAAACCCAAAUCACAAACCAAAGGGCAAGAAUUUCAAGAAGAAGAAUCUUUCCCAUCGUCCUAACCAACAUCCCAAUCUCUCUAGAAACCACAAACCUUUUAGCCAAAAGUCUGAGACUAAAUUUUGCUAUGUCUGUGGGAGAACCAAUCAUCUUUCGACUCAGUGCUACUACCGAAAGAAAGCUCCUAUCAAGACUCAUGUAGGCGGAAAGGGUGAAGAAGCAAGUCAUAGGGUCAACAUGGUAGAAAAUAACUCAGACUCCUUUAGGUUAGCUUCCUCCUCUUAUGUUGUAAAUUGUACCACUUUUUCUGAUGACUGGUGGUUGGAUUCUGGAGCAAAUAUUCAUAUAUCUUCUGAUCGCUCUUGGUUUUCAACUUAUCAAUAAUCAAGUGGAGGAAAUGUAAUUCUAGCAGAUGACUCGACUAGACAAGUAAUGGGAAGUGGACGUGUGGACCUAAAGAUGACUUCUGGAAAGAUUUUGACUCUCCAUAAUGUCCUACAUGUACCAUUACUUAGAAGAAAUCUGAUUAGUGAAUCUGUUUUAUUGAAAGUUGGAUUCAGAAUUGUUAAAGAGUCAAAUAAGUUUGUAAUUACCAAGAAUGAUAUAUUCAUUGGUAAAGGUUUUGUUUGUGAUGGUCUUUUUAAGUUGAAUGUAAUAAGAUCCUCUGAUAAUAAAAGUUCUUCUUCCAUAA